UGCUUCCUCAAGAUUUAAACUCAGCCUCUGCACAACCAUCUCUGCUUCAGUAGCACAGAUCUGUUUCCAAGGUCUAGCUCCCUCAUAUAUAUACAAGUCCUUUUUCUUUCCACUGUCUACCAUCUUUCCACCUGAGCCCUGAUUUGGAGUGAAAUUGGAUUUUUCUCUUUUUUGCUGAAGCUGCGCCCACGUUUGCAGAACGAUGGGUUCUUCCCACUCAAUGUCACAGGAGACCCAGGAGCUUGCGGAUAAAACCGGCUUUACUACAGAUCAAAUUGAGAACCUGCAUCGAAGAUUUAAGCAGUUGAGUGGGGACCAACCAACUAUCCGCAAGGAGAACUUUGAUCGCAUCCCUGACUUGGAAUUCAAUCCAAUUAGGUCCAAGAUUGUCCACGCCUUUUUUGACAAGAGGAACCUUCAAGAAUCAUCAGAGGGGCAGGUUGACGAGAUCAACUUUGAAGACUUUUUGACCAUCAUGUCUAACUUUAGGCCCAUAGAAAUGAACAUGAGUGAAGAGCAGCUGGAUUACUUCAGGAAACAGAAAUUGAAAUUCCUCUUUCACAUGUAUGAUGCAGACAGUGAUGGAAAGAUCACCCUGCAAGAAUACCGAAAUGUGGUGCAAGAGAUGCUGUCAGGGAACCCUCAUCUGGAUAAGGAGUCGGUGAGAUCCAUAGCAGAUGGUGCCAUGAUGGAGGCUGCUAGCAUUUGUGUAGGACAAAUGGAGCCAGAUGAAGUAUACGAGGGAAUAACAUUUGAAGACUUUCUUAAGAUAUGGGAAGGAAUAGACAUAGAGACUAAGAUGCAUGUCCGCUUCCUAACUAUGGAACCAAUUGCCAUUUGUAACUGAUGGAGAAGAAGCUGAACUGGAGAUAUUGGUACCUUUGGAGCAGCAUGGGACAAAAUAUCACACAGUCAAUAUAGGUGCAAAGCUGAUGACACCUCCCAAGGCUACUAAGCAAGAGGACAAUUUGUUUCACCAGGACAGAUGUUUUUUCAGAGUAGACUUUACAGAGUUGCUCAUGAUUUGCUUUAUGAAGUCUGAAAUAGCAAUAAAACCAGAUACUAUUUUUAAUUUUCA